AUGAUCGCAGCGCAGCGGGGAUUUUUUACCUUUAUGAACUUGAUGCUUCGAGCGGGCGCCGACAAAGAUGCGGUGAACUUGGAAGGUCAAACGGCUCUCAUGGCGGCUUGUGCACGUGGAGAUGUGAGGGGCGUGCGUUGCCUCUUGGACGCAUGCGCGCAGAUCAAUAAGGUGAACAAAGCCAAGCGCACGGGGCUGUACUUGGCUGCCGCGGCGGGCCAUCUGGAAGCUCUGAGGCUCUUACUUGAAAGACGCGCCGACCCGGACCUGCAGGACCAACAUGGCUGUACUCCUUUGUUCCUGUCAGCUCAGAUUGGUCAUUCGGGCGCCGUGCGAUCCUUGCUCGAAGCCAGGGCCAAUACAGAGUUCAAGAGCGAUGUAGGGCGAAGUGCCCUGACGACAGCCUCACAGUGUGGACAUGUCGCUGUAGUUCAUGAACUCCUCGAAGCACGGGCAGCCAUAGAGACCUUGGCCCUGCGCUAUGCGGUGACCCACGGCCACGAAGAGAUUGUGCAGUGCUUACUCCACGAGCUGCAGGCGCAAGGCGAUCUGAAGGCAGGUCUUCGCUAA